GGAGUCUGAUCUCCCUCUUUUUUUUUUUUUAUGCGAAGACUGGGUGGAAUACUCCUUCUUUUAUUGGUUUUCACACUACUCGUCUUUAUCGGAAAAGUAAGAGUAUACUUAUACGACAAAUUGAAUGGAAUUCGAUCCAAUAUAAAGGCUUGUUCAGUUCAUUAAGUAGUCAAGGUUACGAUUUUUUUUAUCUCAGCCCAUGCAAGUCACUCUGUGCGUGAUCAAGGUAAAGCCGUUAUUAGUUGGCAACCUUUUUUUUUCUUUGUUAUUUUUUCUUUGUUUUUGUCUUCAUUACAGUAAAGGUAAGAGCCUCAACGAAUACUAAGGAGAGAAAAUUAAGAGCUAAAGACAUUGUCUUUAGUAUUCUUCAUGGCGUCACCUAAAAUAAAUCCCGAAGCAAAGUACCUGAGACAGGAAAAGUUGGGUGAAGGAACAUAUGCAACUGUUUUCAAAGGGAAAAGUAGAGCGAAUGGAGAUAUUGUGGCACUAAAAGAAAUUCAUUUGGACCCUGAGGAAGGAGCUCCUUCCACAGCAAUUCGUGAAAUCUCGUUAAUGAAGGAAUUGAAGCACACGAAUAUUGUGCGACUUUUAGAUGUAAUUCACACAGAAAGCAAACUAAUGCUGGUUUUUGAGUUUAUGGAUCAAGACUUGAAAAAGUACAUGGAUACGACGGCUAGAUCAAGACACGGGGCUUUAGAUACGGCCACUGUGAAAUCAUUCAUGUUUCAACUAAUUAAAGGUAUUGCGUACUGUCAUGAAAAUAGAGUACUUCAUCGUGAUUUAAAGCCUCAAAAUCUAUUAAUUAAUAAGCGGGGAGAAUUAAAAUUGGGUGAUUUUGGUUUGGCUCGUGCGUUCGGUAUACCUGUGAAUACAUUUUCAAAUGAAGUGGUGACUCUUUGGUAUCGAGCACCUGAUGUAUUGUUAGGGUCUCGUAUGUAUUCCACCUCAAUUGAUAUUUGGUCGGCUGGUUGCAUUAUGGCAGAAAUGUAUACGGGUAGACCUCUUUUUCCUGGUACAACAAAUGAAGAUCAGCUACAAAGGAUUUUCCGCAUGAUGGGAACACCUACCGAACAAACCUGGCCAGGUGUAACUCAAUUAUCUGAAUACAAACCACCACAUGUCAUUUAUCCACAACAAAACAUCGCACAAAUUUUGCCUACCAUUGAUGCUUGUGGUCUUGACUUAUUAACACAUAUGCUUCAAUAUCAACCUGAAGCUAGAAUAUCCGCUGUAGCUGCUUUGAAACACAGCUAUUUUGCUGAAGUCAAUAGAUACAACACAUAUUAAAAUAAAAAGAGAAAAGAAAGU